CGAAGCGCAUGGGUUUCGAGAAGAUGGUCGGCGAAUCGCGAAAUAUGGCGGUGCGGAGGCUGGGCAAGGACGAAAGCUUGCAAAAGCGGUACAACGAGGUGAUUCAGGCGUACUUGGAUCAGGACCACAUGAAGGUUGUUUCGGAGGAGAAGCUGAAGGGCGACAAGCGGCUUGAAUGCUACCUGCCUCACCAUCCGGUCUUCAAGGAGUCCAGCACGACGACGAAGACCCGGCCCGUGUUCGAUGCUUCUGCCAAGACGACGUCGAAUUUCUCGCUGAACGAGGCGCUGAUGGUUGGUCCGGUGCUCCAGGACCCGUUGUUCGAUUUGGUGUUGCGCUUUCGAAAGAAGCAGGUAGCUCUGGUUGCGGACAUCGAGAAGAUGUACCUGCAGGUUAAGGUCCAUCCGGACGAUACUCCUCUGCAGCGGAUUCUGUGGAGGCCUUCGCCGUCGGAGCCAAUAAGUACGUACGAGAUGCUACGGGUGACGUUUGGGUUGGCCCCAUCGUCAUACAUAGCCACGCGCUGUAUGCAGCAAUUGGCGCAGGACGAAGGAGAGGUGUAUUCACGUGCGAAGGAAGCACUGUUGAGCGACCUCUAUGAGGACGAUUUCAUCGGCGGAGCGGACUCCGUAGAAGAAGCGCUUCUGUUGCGGCAGGAGCUGGAGCAGCUGUUGCCGAAGUGUAGUUUUAGGCUGCGCAAGUGGGUGUCAAAUGCCACAGAGGCGUUGGCAGGGCUGGCUGCGGACGAUUUGGGUACGCAGACCACGCUCAGUUUCGACCAGGUGAAGACGCUGGGAAUAAACUGGCAGCCAGGGCCAGACGUUCUCGGCAUCGAUGUCACGGGUUUGUCCGUGAAUGGGCAAUGGACCAGACGGAAGGUCUAUUCGGUCAUUGUCCAACUUUGGGAUCCAACUGGGAUCACUGCUCCGGUCAUUUCGUGGGCCAAGAUUCGAAUGCAGCUGCUGUGGGUCGCGACUCAAGGCUGGGACGACCCGUUGAGACCGGAUUUCGCCGGGAGGUGUGUGAUAGGUUACCAUCCCUGCACGGGUUUACCAACCCUGCAUAGCUAAUUAGUUGCAACCCAUCAUUUACUGCUUCACACUUCAAUUUUAAUUUAUUGCCCUGCCCGGCUGAGUGAGCCACACACAGCCAGGCCCAGGACUCAAAUUACAUAACAAUCGGUUCAAUAUGCGCUGGCAUAACUGCUGUGCUUGCGCAUGGGACUGUUUCGGGUUGUACAAUUUUUCGGGUUUUACGGCAAAGUGGCCAUGCGCUGGAUAAUGCUGAUCCAGCGCAAAGGACACUGUGGCCAUAAACAAAGAGAGCCAACUCCAGAUGUCUCCAAUGAGUAAACUCUACAAAUACGAUGUAAGAAAUGUAACCAAACUCAUAUAAAAGGGCCAGGAGCCACCAAAUAAAGAGAUUCAUUCUUAGAACAUAGACCAGAACUGUACAGUUUAGGGAUCGCUCCCAAGCCAGGCUUGAGGACACCGAUCUACUUCGGAUGACAGCCUAUGGUCCAAAAUUCUAAGACCCUUGAAGUAAUCAAGGCUACAUGGCGACCGUGAGCAGCGGCUCGGACGCAACGCGCCGCGAUU